GUAUUUAGGACGCAGUUGUUAAUGGAAGAAUUCAUGUAUAAGUACAAAAUAAGAAGGGCAAUCUAGUCUUUGAGGAAAUGGCAGGAUUCCUAGACAACUUCCGGUGGCCAGAAUGUGAGUGUAUUGACUGGAGUGAAAGAAGAAAUGCCAUCGCUUCAAUCGUUGCGGGUAUAUUGUUUUUCACAGGUUGGUGGAUAAUGAUAGAUGCUGCAGUAGUUUACCCUAAGCCAGAACAAAUGAACCAUGCGUUCCAUACCUGUGGGGUGUUUUCAACACUAGCUUUUUUCAUGAUAAAUGCUGUAUCAAAUGCACAGGUGAGAGGAGACAGCUAUAGUGACGGAUGUUUAGGAAGAACAGGUGCUCGUGUCUGGCUCUUCAUUGGCUUUAUGUUGAUGUUUGGUUCACUUAUUGCUUCAAUGUGGAUACUUUUUGGAGCAUAUGUUACACAGAACACUAAUGUUUACCCUGGAUUAGCAGUGUUUUUCCAAAAUGCGUUGAUAUUUUUCAGUACUCUGAUCUACAAGUUUGGAAGAACAGAAGAGUUAUGGGGAUGAGAGAUCACGUGUAGCAUUGUCUAUUCCAUAGUUGCUAUGUCGUACUAUGUAUGUAGAUAUAUUUACAUUUAUUUGUUCUUGUUUUGCUUUCUAAAUUGUGUGAACUGAGACAGAUUACAGUUUCUGUAAUAAGCUCCCUCUUUUCACAGGACAGAUUUGUGAAUAUGUACAUAUGACUGUAUAUAUCUUUAAAAAGGGAAUGUCAAGCUUUCUUUCUGAAAUCUUCAGGCUUAUUUCUUCAAAUACAUGGGUUUCCAUCAACUCCUAAGACUUGAUCUUCCAAACUUUCACAUGUGUCGGAGACUUCAGUGGAACU